CUGAGCUCUGUGCAAAUAUGACUUGUUAAUUGGGUUCUGAUCAACAGUCCCACAAACAGUGUACCAUAAGCAGGCCAUUAGUGUGGAUCCGCAUCGCAUCGCAAUAUUUUGUAUUUUUUUUUUUUCUAUACCCGCACCCGUCGCACACCAAUUCCGCGAGCUUAGGAGUGUUAUGUAAAUGCAGAUCAAACAUAUUUCGAAACCCCCAAUAGGCAAAGUCCAUAUACAUACAUAUACAUAUAUAUAUAGUUAUCGAUGGGCGUCUCGCGUUGCGCUUGCCACAAAAGAAGCGGCGGCUAAAUUAUGCAAAACAAACAAAAAGAUCGCUUAGGAAAGCGAGAAAACGAGCAAAAAGCGUUAACCAUGCACAGCGAAAAAAAUAGUGUCGCAAAUCGCAACUCAAACGUUCUUAAUUACUGCGGUAAUUGCAAGUGGCAAAACGACUAUUAGAUUUAUGCAAAAAACAUGUGUAACAUUUGUGUUUAAAAAACUUCUUAUAAAGAAGUCUUAAUUACCUAACAAAAUAAGAUUUUAUUGUAAAUAAAACGUAGUUUAUUUUUUUAAAACAAAAAUAAUCAACAGUGUAUUAUAAAAUGCACACUUUCAAUCGAUUUUCAUUGUUGAUUAGGAACAUGGUAAUUUAUAUCAAUCGAAAGCAUGAAUAAGAAUUACUUUUUUGUUAUUCAAAUUAUUGAAAAUUUACAUAAUUGUUGUUGAGCAAACAUAAAAUUUAGGCUUUUUAAAAAAAAUGUUCAUUAAUGAUUAUGAAAUUGGGUUUUUAUACCAAUUUAGGUAUUUUUAUUAGGUAUUUUAAGCAGGUAUGAAAUUCAUUAUGCCUUAAUUUUGUUUUAAAUUCCGAAUUAAAGUGUCAACUGCAAGCAUUGAUGCAUUAUUAUUAACACAGUAAGAAACAUAAAUAAAACAUUAUCCUAAGGUUCUAAGGCCACAAAACUUCAUAACAAAUCUUGUGUUCAUUUAAUUUCUAGUUUUCUUUCCUCCAAAUAAAUUUGACUUGAGCAAUUUCCAUCGUAAUUUCUUUUUACUCAAUUGAGUACGCCACAAAGCCGCACAUAAUUCUUUAACCGCGCUUUUUGUCUGUUAAAUUUGAUUACGCGCACCUUUAGUCAUAAUAAACAAUAACCUGCGAAUUAUUACGUAUGAGUGAGCUGCGUUUGUGUGUGAGUGUGUCAAAGCGAAAACGAAAGGCCAGCGGCAACAACAAAUCGUCGAUUGUGUGUGGUCAGCAGCAGCAGUGGCGUCCAGUUGGGUCCAAAAUCAAUGGGAGCACCGCUGCCGGCGUCGCCGCUGCCUUUACACCUGCGCAGUGCCGCAGUCUUCACUCCAAAUAAAAAACAACUCAAAACGAAACUCAACCCGAUACUCAAAGCCAAAAACUCAAAAUCGUCGCCGGGCAACGCAGGCAAUCAAUUGAACCUUAGUCUCCAUUUGAGUCGCACUCCCAGCGGAAUUGGGUUGAGUCUCGUUUUUUUUGGUUUUUGUUUAUCUUUUUUUGCUGCGUUUUGAAAAACUUUUACUCCCCGUGCCGUUUGUUUGUGGCCACAGUACCAAUACAAUUAAAAUAAAACGCAAAAUUAUUAAAUGUUAAUUAUUACAUAAGUGUACCUUGCUGCGUUUUUACUCUUUCGCCGAAUGUUUAACCGGUAAUUGGGCUUACACGGCGUAUGCGUAAUAUUCUAAUUGAAUCGAUGAUGAGUAGCUGAAAUCCGGGAGGGGCGACGAGGCGAGGAGGCGUGGCCAGUUGAGGUGAGGUGAAUCGUAGUGCGGUGACCUUCGGCGGACGGCGGCAAACAGCAAUCAAACAAGCCAUUUGAGAUAGCCAAACAAGCGCGCGGACCAAAUAUCUCGCACAAUACGCGCACUCGGGUACUAACAAAAACAAAUAAAUACAAAUAAAUACAAAUAAAUAUAAAUAUAAGCCAAGGUGACUAAGUACCGCGGCAGCAGCAGCAGCAUGGAGAUCAGGCGCACCUCUCAACCAUAUCUAUGGGUCUUGCUGAUGCUGCUCGGCCUUUGGCUGGGCUCGGUUUUGGCCAAGGGCGCCAGCAAUCAGACCACCUCACAAACCUGGCAACACCAACAGCAGCGAUAUCAAAGUCAGCUGCUCAAUGAAUCGCAAUCGGUGCCAGAUGAACUGGAGAUUUUGGAAACCAAAUCGGCCAUUGUGAGUUCGCCGCAUGAAACCCAUUUGACGCGCACCUCCGUCAUUUUUGGGCUCACAAAAGUGGCCAACGAGAGCAGCGUCAGCCAAAAGUGCCAUGCGCAGCUGCGACAGGUGCAGCGCGGCAUACUGGGCAAACAGCCAUGGGCCAUGAAGGUUUUGGAUGCAUCGGGAACGAAACCCUCGGGCUUCGUAUAUGGCCAGAACUAUUGGCUGGGAAGUCGGGAAGCUUGUCGCGGUGUCCAAAGACCCGUGGGCAUAACCCUGUCGAAGAACUUCGAUCGUGUGAUGCACUACGGAAUUAUUACCCAGAAGGCACCCUUUGACAUGGACUACCGGGUACUGUAUUUGCGGCACAGUUCACCCUGGCAGGUGGAGAUAAAGCUAAUGUCCGAGCAGAUAAUCCACAUCGGCUUGUGCCUCCCGAGUGCCUGCAGUUCGGAGGAGGUCAAGAGUCUGGCCCAGGACUACGUGGCUGGAGGGACCUUUGCUGAAAACGAGAUCUUCGAUAUCCGACCGGAAGUGGUCUAUAUGAAGGAUCUGCAGUUGAAGGAGGAAUUCUUCGAGAGAGCCAGCUUCCGACUUUUGGUGGCCUGUGUCCUGGCCACUGGAGUGCUGAUGCUUUGUGCUCAGCAACUGACGGCCACCAAAAAAUUGGAAUCUUCCACUGAGGAACCCGAACCUGGCUUAGCACCCGCUGAAUCUGAAUUGUGGCGUGGACUAAACUCCCUUCUGCAAUUGGAAAGGCUACAGAAGUUUAUACCCUGCUGGGAUGUGCCCGCCAACUGGACCAAGAUAUUUGCGGUGCGUGAGAAUUCUCCGAAUGAAAUCCCCUUGAUGAACGGACUGCGAUCUGUGUGCGCCAUCUGGAUAAUGGUGUUCCACGUGGUGUGGUUCAUGUACUUCACGGUUCACAACAAGACGGUGCUGAUUUCGUAUGCCGAACAGGCCUUUUUCCAGUACGUUUCAUCGGCGCCUCUGCUCGUGGACGUCUUCUUUACCAUCAGUGGCUUCCUGCAAACGUUCAACUUCCUGAGAAAUUCCCAGCAACUGGAGACAGUGCGACGGAAUAGUUUGAGUGAAAAUGUAAAGCUCUUUGGCAAACUGCUCUUCCAUCGGUAUUUGCGACUUGGACCACUUUAUCUGGUGGUCAUGGCCACCGUGGAUUUGGUGUACGCCUACAUUGGAGACGUCUCUGUUUACCACAUCAACGAGCGGUUCGACGAGAUGUGCUCCAAGCACUGGUGGCGCAACCUGCUGUUCAUCCAGAACCUGUUCGAUCAUCGGGAUAUGUGCGCCAAUUGGAGUUGGUCCUUGGCCUGCGAAAUGCAGUUCUUUAUCCUGGCCAAUGCUCUGCUGUUUCUCUAUGUGAAAUAUCCAAAGGUAGUGAAAGCCCUGGUGGCCUCUUCUUUUGUGGCCACCAUUGCCUGGUCCUACAGCAUCGGCCUGAGCAUCAAGUUUCAGUUGUCCUUUGAUGCUGCAUUUGCCACCGGAACGGAAAUCUACACUUCACCCUUUGUGAGAGUCCUCCCAUAUAUCCUGGGAGCAGCCACAGCUUGGUUGUUCCUGGAAAAGAGAGUCCACUUAGAGAUCAGUGAUUCUAGGGAGCGUUUCUGCUGGCAUCUGGCAUUAUUGGUGUUCUUCGCCUGCAUUUACUCGACGGUGAAAAGAGAUCUGGGCCCUCUGAUGGCCAUCACGCUUUUCGUGAUGGGUCGCCUCUUCUUUUCGCUGAGUGUAUGCUGGAUGAUAGCGCGCAGCUGCAGUGGGCGGGGGGUGUGGUGGUCACGACUGCUGGAGGCCAAGGGCUUUCAGCAUGUCAGUCGGCUGUCCUACGCCAUUUACCUGCUAAAUCCGCUGGUCAUCGCAUUAUUCUACAGCUUAACAAACGCCAGCACGCAUGCAGAUCCCUUCAUGCUGUGCGUGGUCACGUGCGGCUUCGCUGUCAUCGUCUACCUGGCCUCCAUCCUCUUUUCGCUGGCCUUCGAGAUGCCCUUCAGCAAUCUUUCCAGCCUGCUGAACCGACGGCAGAGCAGGCCGAAAAGUGCCUAAAGAUGCUAGCAAUAAGUUAGAUCGUUAAGGUCAACGCACACGCCUCCAUCUGACAAUUGUGAUCGCUUUCAUGUACAACUACUCAUCAUUAUCGAAUCACUAGGCUUAGUCUUGUCUUAGUCAAUGCUAUAUAUACUUAUCUAAAUACCCUGUACAUCGGUGGCCACCAUACUUAAUAAGAUAAUCCCUAGCUGUAGAUCACUUCCGAUAUACGUAUUGUAUUUGCUUAAACACUCUUUCAUUCCCCAGCUUAGAAUAUAGAAUUGUUGACAAUGCUUA